UUAAUAAUAACAUACAAGCAGUAAAAUUAUGAAUACAUUUUUCCAAGAUACAAUUUGAAAUGUCAUGGAUAUGUUCAAGUACCGUAGAAUGGGGAUACUUGGAACUGUGGGGUAAAUUGGAACGAAACUUCACAUUUUCAAAUUACCCGCUGAAAUCAACAGCUGAUUUCAUUUUAAAACAUUGUUUCGUGCACAGUUGUUUUGUGUAGUUAUAUAUUCGUUGUUUGAAGGUAAGUGGCAUAUAAAUAUUGUUUCAAGAAUGUUGUAUAUUGUAUCGACAAUAUAAGCAGGUAGAUGACAGAAAAAAAUGACAUUAAAAACUUCCUGUCAACCGGCAUUAUGAAUUCAAUAUACGGCGUUCAUUUCAUAUAGGUUAUGUGCAGUUACCAUUUCUCUAGCGGAAUAGGUCGCGUGCAAGAACUGUCAGAUGACCGACCCUGGAGGCAAAACAUAUUUUUUUACAAGUGAUCGAAAUAGUUUUCCACAAUUAUUUUGGCAUAUGAAUCGUAUUUUUCCGCUAUUCAUCAAUUCGCUAAUGCCAUCACAUUGUGCUGUUGUGAAAUGCACAAAAACUGCAGCGGAAGAUGAAGAAAUCCGGAUGGUACAUUAUGAUUCAAAAGUAAGUACCUACUAUAGACACUCACAUAGUUUUCAUUUUUGAAAUUUGGUUAUUUCUCUGAUUUCUCAUCGGAAUUCCUUCUGCAAUAGGAUCAUCUAAUAGAAAUAUACCUGAAAUUUCUAGAAUAAUGCAAGAAGAUUGGAUUCAUGCAAUCAAUCGGUAGGACUGGUCUGACAUGCUGACGAUCGUGUGUGUUGUAGACAUUUUCAAUCUAUUAGCAGCAUUAGCUUGUAUUGCAGAAGUGGCAGAAGGCAGAAGGAAUUUUAAUAAGGAAUGACAACAUUUCAUAAUGCUAACUAUGUGAGAUUACUAUUUACCUGAAAAAUCAUAAUCCCUAGUCUCUUGCUGCAUUUUUUGUGCAUUGUACAACAGCACAAUGCGAAGGCAUGCUUGAAUUAAUGAAUAACGCAAGAAACACGAUUCGUAUGCCAAAAUAUUGUGAAAAACUAUUUCAACCUUUUGAUUCCUCUGUAACCAAAUAAAAAAGUGAGGUUGUGUUUCAAUAAUUCACAGAAGAAUGAGGUUGUGUUUCAAUAUUUUGCCUCCAGGGUCGGUCUUCCUGCACGCGACCUAUGCCGCUUAAUCACUAGGUGCGUUUUAUUGGCAAUAUUCUUCUACCGGAUCGACAGUUCUCGUCGUUUUAUUGAACAUUAUUCUGAAACCAGUUCCAACUUUUCAUUCCGUCUCAUUAGACGGAAUGACAGGAAGAAGAUUAUGUCACAGGUGACAGAAAGGCGGUAUAUGUCAGUAAACGUGAUUUGAAUUUUUGAAUUUGAAUAUUCGAAAUUGAAAAGAAGAAAGAAAACACUCGAAACGAAAAAAAUGGAAGGCCAUUUAGUUCAAACAGAUACUGGGGAAUACCUAUGGUUCAAUAGUAGAACUGGCUUGUACGAAUUUAUCAGGACAGAAGUAUCUGCUGCUGCUGUAAAUGAGGUAAUACCAGAGAGUAUGGACAAAAAUAAUGCUGAAACAGGAGACACCUCAUUCAAUGAUGAAACAGCUUAUGAAACAUUGAAAGAUAAUGACAAUAAUUUGAACCUGGUGGAGAGGAAGAACAUCUGGGAUAGUAAACAGACGCUUUUGCUCAUUGAUAUAUGUGGGCACAAUAAGGACCGGUUAAACAAUCCUAAAUAUAGAAAAACGGAAGUAUACAAAGAAAUAUCUGAUCAAAUGAAAAAGAAUGGACACUUCUUCUCAAGUGAACAAUGUUUAAAUAAAAUGAAAACACUAACCACCAAGUACAAGGAGAUACGAGAUUUCAAUGCCACUUCUGGAAACAAUCCUAAAAAAUGGGCGUAUUUUGAUAUACUGACAGAGUACUUUGGAGAUCGCCCAGGUAUAGUAGCCAGAGCAUCAUGUUCAAGCUUGAAUAUAGCUCGAAAUAAUCUACCUGAUCAUAGCAGCCCAUCAACAUCCAAUGUACAGAAGAGAAAAUCAGAAUCUUGUGAAAGUGAAGAGAAGGGAAAGAUGGUUAAGAAAACUCAGGAGAGACAAAAUCCAAAAAAAGAAAUGGUUGCUUGGCUUAAGGAUUACAAGAAAGAAGUGCAAGAAAGAGAGGAAAGGAGGCUGAGUAUGGCUGAACAGCAACAUAAUGAGAAUAAAGAGAUGUUGUCACAAAUUUUAGAUUUGUUAAAAAACAAAUCUUCAUAUGUUGAUGCACCUGCACCAGAGUGAUAUCAAGAAUCAGAUACCUUUGGUACAACAUUUAUUCAAUGUGAAUAUUCAGUGUACGUUCAAGUUAAUUGUUGAUAGUUAUUUCUUAUAUGAGAUUAAAAUGUUUUCAUUGUCAUCUAUUUUUAUAUCUUUAUCCCUCUACUUACUUUUACAUUACCAACAAAAUAUCAUAUGCAAUUGGGUUUGGGUAUUUGAAAUAUUAUGAAAAUGCUGUAUCUUCGAUCAUUCCAUGUUGGAAAGCAAUUUCCCAGAAGUGGAAAAAUUGUACACUAUCUCUGAUAAACUGAAGAAUCUGUUCUAGGAUGGAUAUAAGGACCUAUACAUUUUGAAAAUAUUUCCCAGGUGUUUUAAAAUGUAGCACUAAUAGGUCCCCCUAUCUAUCCUAAAGAGAACACUUCUGAACAAUAAAAUUCUUCAGCCACAAUAAUGUUUUGAGUUGAAUAACGUGAAUAACC